AUUGAUGUGUUAACUGGGGCAAAAUUCGGAUUUGAUAUGCAGGAAAUACUAAAUGACUCAUUGCAGCCAACUUCUGAUUGCUCAUACGUGCUGAGAGUUGGUGAUAGAUCUAAUGCGCUCUUGCGAGGACGGAAUGGGACAUGGUGUGUUUUUGACAGCCAUGCCUGCGAUGCAAAUGGACAAUGUGACCCAGACGGUAGCGCAUGUCUUACAGUAUUUGGAUCAAUAGGAAAGCUUGUCCGGAACCUCUCAAAACGAUAUCCUGAUAAUGGACAGCAGAUCGAUUUGUUUCAAGUGGACGCAGUUAUUUUGGCAGAACACGUUACUGGUCACAGAGAAAGCGAAGAUAGAGAAGAGGGAUCACUUGGUGGUGGUGGUGGUGGUGAUGAUACAGGGUCCAACUCUAUGGGAGGUGAGAGCAUUCAAAAACAUGACGAGCAGGAUGUCCAGCUGUCAUCAAGUUUAGAAAAUGGACUUCAAAAUGGACUUUCAGACUGAAAGUUCUACCUGUGGUGAAAGUCACUGGAAAGCUGCAAAGAGUUCGUCAAGCAAACGCCAAAGGACAUUAGCUGAGACUGGUUUGGAGGUUGGCUGCUGUCGCCAUGCAGUGUUACUCAAAGCUCUUAACAUGUUCCGUGGUGAAAUCUAUCCAUAUCCCCUCUAUCUCCAUCACCAUCUUCACGCAGCUUCCAAGAUCAGCUUUCUUUGCCAGGACGUCAUUUGCAAAUAUUGGCCAUGGAUGGAAAAGGUGAUAGCAAAGUGCCCUGAGGACCUGUCACGACUGAAUGACACCAAACCAUUUCUCAGCGUCUUUCAUGCAAAGGCACAUGAUUGGACCUGUCAGGUAAUGUGGGGUGGCAGAUGGCAGGAGGGUUCUGCAGCACAGGCGGGUGAAGAGAUGGAACAGGCAAAUAGCUACCUGUCACGUGCUUCAUUGACUACAAAAACUAUGGACAAAGGAGGAAGAGAAGAACAGCUAACUGCUCAUGCUUUGUACUGGAACAAGAAGAAAAUCUUGUCAUUAGCCACGUCUCUUUGUAGGCGAUACAAGAAGAGUGUUGCUAAAGAAAGCCAGUUAAAGGAGCAGUUGUCUGAAGAGCUGUCCAAGGGAGGUCUGGAUGAACGAGUUGAUUUCAACCUUUGGAAGACAGAGGUGCAGGAAUUUGCAGCAGGACCACAGAUGAUUCAUCCUUCUUGGAUUCCACCCAGCUUCAAAUCGAAAUCAUAUGUAGUAGUAUUAGGCAUUUAAAGUACAGCAUUGGGAAAGAUGCAGAUGCUUCAGAGUCGGGCUUCUCUACGAAAGCGUCUUGAAAAGGAGAGAAAGCAACUUCAGCAUUGUGUUAGUCUGCUGUCAUGUUUCUGUGGACGAAGUCACGCAAGAGGACUAUUUGUUGCCUUGGCAUAAUCCUGCAGGGAACAAGGGAGAAACAUUUGUUUUGAAGAAGAAAAUAGUUGAUAUACAUGAACACAUGACCAGGUACAGUGAGGAAUUGCCUGUGCUCAUUUAAGAGAUGGUAUCAACUGUUCUUUUCUUCAAGAAAAAAAUCAACACCUUGGAAGAAGAAUCAACACCGUGAACAAUGAGGCCAUCAAAAACCAAGAAAACCAUGGAUUGGUGAUGUUGCUGCUGGAAUCAAAGGAAUUCUACACAGACCUUCUCCUAGAAGCAACAGAUGUAUUUGAAUGUAUAGACACUGACAUAGAGAUCGUGGUGUAUUUUGAGGAAGGGGAGGUGCAACCUGGUGGUGAAGAAUCAAAUUCGGAGGAGGAUGGGUCUAGCUCUGAGGAGGAGGAUUGUGAUGACAUUGGCAUUGAGUACGUGUAAUUAACCAUUUGAAGCCGGAUUUAUUUCAGAAAUCCGAUCUUUUUCGACUUGAUUUGGUCUGAGUUUGCCUAAAAGGGUAUAGUGUCCCCAAAUGUCACUCGAAGCUAACAAAGUAUGCCACGAGAUGCUAACGUUUUCGGAACUCUGUGGCAUCUCUUAAGGCCCUUGCAGAGGUUCUCAAGAAGCAUGUUUGUGAAUAAGGUGACUUUUUGUAGUGAAAGUUCGAACUUCCAAUGCAGUUUAUUGGGAAACUACGCCACAAAUCAGGUAGGUGUUGUGACG